GGCGGAGCCGUGGCUUCCAUGCUUGUGAGCUGAGCUGAGGCGGCUGUGUGGAGUAGUCAGCAUCCACAUCGCACCGGAAAGGUUGAAUCGGACGAGAUGGCGUCUGUUCUCCAGGGAAUAUCGCUCGGUGAGUGAGAAGGGCACACACUGGCGUCCGCAGCACGCCGCACCCUCUGGAUGCGUUUGUGUCGCUUUCCAUAUCUGUCGUCCGUGCUCGUUGGUUGGUUGGUUGGUUCAGUGACGAAGGGAGCUCCCGAGUUCUUCAUCUGGGAGUGGGAGCUUCAGGCCGGUGUGUGGAUAUGCUACGACCCCCACAUCAUCGCCCAGAUAGCCGACCACCGGCUGUUCGACCUCCACCUGGUGCCGGUGGAGAUCAACGGGGUCUUCUACGAGAUCGACCUCGAGCGCAUGGUGCAGCGCCGGCGGGACACCGGGGCCGUCAAGAAGGUCAGGGAGGUCCGCCUGGGAGGCAGCUGGGUCCUUAAGGGCGGCGCGGGGGAGAAGAUCGUAUCGCCGCAGAGAGCGGGGGUCGUCGAGGCCUACAGGAGGAUGGGUAUGCGGAGAGGGGAGGGAGAGAUCGAAAUGGGCAUAUGUGUAUAUGACUCUGUGUGUGUAUGGGUGUGUCAGGUCCGGGUCGUGAUUCGUUUGACAUGAUGACGAUGUUCGCCAACGACAGCUACCCGCCCCGCAAGCUGCACAUCAGCAUGCAGACGCACACCUGGACGGACAAGCUCUCCCCCUCCAUCCACGGCACCAUCGAGCGCCGCCUCAGAACCCCACUCCCCCUCCCCAUCCGCAUACUCAACCCGGCACUCUGGGUGCCAAAGCGGUUCCUGCAGCUGGGCCGCCCGUCGUGCGGCAGCGGCGCCAGCAGCACCGACGCCGACCCCCUGGUCGCAUUCGCCCUCUCCCUCCCGCCCUUCCCCGAGUCGACGGGCUUCACCGACUGGCGGUACAUGCCGCACGAGCCCGAUUGGCAGCGGCUGGCGUCGCCGCCCGCCCUGGGUGUACCGGGCCACUACGCGUGGCACCACCCGAUCGUCUACUGCCUGGCGUAUGGGGCCCACUCGUACCAGGCCAGAGAGGAGACCGUUGACGUCAACGACCUGCUGCCCGGCACUCUGCUGCGGCUGGACGCCCGCACCGAGAAGAGAGACAAGACAGAGGGGGAGGGAGGGGCAGGGGGAGGGGAAGGUGGAGGGGGGCAUGAUGACCAUCAUCAUGACCACGAGUGCCGCAUCUGCAGCGAGCGGAUGGAUGGCGUGCGGGUGGUGUGCCCGUCGUGUCGGUUCGAGUACUGCGAGGGGUGUCUGGUGGGGUGGCUGCGCAAGAAGGACCCCAUGAGCUUCGGCAAGGGAUGCCCGCAAUGCAAGAAACCCAUCGCCAACUGCAGAGGACCGCAGCCGUCAGGUAACUGGGCGGGCGGGCGAGAAGGGGGGAAGCGGCAACACAUGGAUGCAUCUGUGUCUCUCUGUGUGCUGUGUCAGGUUGGUGUGAGUGGUGGGUUUUCCCCCCCGGCUAUCUGCCCGUGCCGGGAUACGAGCGCCACCCCACCAUCCUACUCGUGAGCAUCCCUCACUCCAUUCGUCCACAGUGUGUUUCUCGUGUGUGUGCGUGUGUGUGUGUGUGUGUAGAAUUACGACUUUCCUGACGGCGAGCAGUUGGGUGUGCACCGCCACCCAGGAGCGCCGUUCCGCGGCGACCAGCGCGUGGGCUUUUUCCCCUACUGCCCACAGGGGGCCGCACUCCUGCAGAUGUUUGUGAGGUGCUUCCUUGCCGUACGUCAGACACACCGCACCAGACACAAAGCUUUGGAGAGGCGGAGGGCGCAUGUGUGAUGUGUGUGUGCUUGUAUGUGUGUGUAGGGUCGCAUGUUUACUGUGAGCACGAGCCUGACUACCGGGGAGGAGAACACACUCGUGUGGGGCGGCGUGCACCACAAGACCAGCCUCGACUACGGUAGGGUGGGCAUGUGUUAACCUAACCGACACACAAGAGAGACACUGACGUACCAUGUGAAUCGCAUUUAUCGUCGUGUGUGUGUUUGAUCGACCGAUCAGCUGCCCCCCAUGGCUACCCAGACGAGAGCUACUUCCACAGAGCCACACGUGAGCCACACACAGACAGCACGCACCUGUGUGAUCGGCUCACCGAUCCCCUCCCUCCUUGUGUGUCGUGUGUGUGUGUGUGUGUAGAUGAGUUGCGCGACCGCGGGAUCAUCCCCACGGCGAUUGAGCAGACACUGCUGGAUGGCGACCCCACGCCACUGGGCACGCGACACUACAGCAAACCGCCACUCGUCAAGUACGGGGGCAUCCCACACCGCCCCACCGCAAUCAAACACUCUGUGUGUCCUUCCUUUGUCCCUGCUUGCAACACACCUCGCACAGGUUGGUGCCUCCCCGUUCGCCAGCAUCGCGUCCGUCGUGUCACCACCCGCGGCCUGCCAGCUACUACAGCAACACCAACAGCACCAACAGUGACUCCCAACAGGCCGACCACCAGGCCACACCCACCACAACGCCCCCACAGGCAGCGCCGCCACCUGCAGCAGCAGCAGCGGCAACGCCCCCGCCCCUGCCGUCCCCCGCUCUCCUCGAUGACGACGCCGAGCUUCGUCAGAUGGCGCGAGAGAUGAGGACCGACGGCACCUUGUCGUUCGCCACAGACCAUCACCAGCAUCACCAGCACCACCAGGACAUCAACAUCAUCCCGGUACUGGUGGCGAACGGCCACGGCCAUGGCCAUGGCCACGGCUUGCGGCCCUACCGGUCGGUGAGCGACGAGAGCCCCACAGGCGGUGUGCACGGCGGCGAUGGGGUGGACAACGACCCUCUGUAUGAGCUGCAUCCCGUGCAGAUGCCCAGGUCGUUCAGCGCCCCCGAGCUCAAUGCUGCUGCCGAUGUUGCAGAGGGGGAGGGUGGCGAGGAGGAGGAGGUGGUUGAGGAUGUGGUUACUGACUACUGGUGACUGACUGAGUAUCGGUGAAGAUGGAGGGGAGAGGCCGUUGCUUCUCAAUAAUUCGUUUCUUUGUCUGCUGGGUGGGUGGGUGAGUGGGUGUGGAGGGUUGCGUGUUGCGUGUCCUGCCUGCGGGAUUUAUUGGUCGAUGGCCCGUGGAUGUCAAUCUGUGUGUGUGUGUGCAUGGGCCACACGGGCGUGUGGAUGUGUGUGCGUGAGCAUGUGUGUGUGUGUGUGUGUGUGUGUAUGAGUGUGCGUGUGCGGGUGUUGCGUGCGGGACCCUGCCAACCAACAUGGUCAUCAACCACAUUCUCUCUCUCGCCGGUCUGUCUGUCGGUCUGUCUAUCUGUCUGGUAGUCUCCACCCAUCAACAC